AUGAAGGUUCUACCUCCCGCCUUCACCAUCUGGAGCUUGGCUCUCCCUUCUACCGGUUCAACACUACGCAGAGACACAGCCCACAGCAGUAUUGAAGCAAGGGCCGGCUGGAACUCUCUGGGAUGCUACACUGACAAUGUCUCGGGACGAGCCUUGCCGUAUGGUGCAGCCACACCAGGCGGCGAUGCUGCCAUGACCAACGAAGUUUGUCAGAACGCUUGCCAAUCGGCGGGCUACUCGAUUGCCGGCACCGAGUAUGCCGGCGAGUGCUGGUGUGGUAACACCGUCAGCAGUGGCAACGGUCCUGCGCCAGGUGGCCAGGGCCAGUGCAAUAUGGCGUGCAAGGGCAAUGCGGCCGAGAUGUGCGGCGGCCCCAAUCGCCUGACCGUGUACCAGUCGUCCUCGGGCGGCACGAACCCUCCCACGUCGGGGACAGGAAAACGAGGGCUCCCGUACAAUAACAACAAUCCGAGCAAGAACUCUGUGUAUGCAAACCUGUUCAAGGGCUACAGCAAAAUAUCGUGGGCCUAUGACUGGGGAUAUCCUUCCUGGGACUUGGAUGCAUUCUUUGAGUUUGUGCCCAUGCUAUGGGGAAAACCGAGCGGCGACGCUCCCGACUGGACCGCGGCCGUGCAGAGGCCCGGCACCAGGCACAUUCUCGGCUUCAACGAGCCGGACCUGACGUACUCGGCCUCGUCCAACAUGCUCCCCGCCGUCGCGGCCGCCGGCUACGCGACCUACAUGCAGCCCUUUCACGACCGCGCGCAGAUUGGCAUGCCCAACGUGCUGUGGAACAACGACCUCGGCUCCUCUUCCGGCGGAGCUUACAACUCGCGCGUCUGGACGCAGUACUUUCUCGGCAACUGCACGGCGUGCCACUUUGACUUUGCCGCUAUUCACUACUACCAGGACUGCGAGCCGGCGGGUCGACCGGAGGGCGACGGUGCGGCAUGGUUCAUGGGAAACGUGACGGACGCGCACGACACGCUGCGCCUGCCGGUGUGGGUGACUGAGUUUCAGUGCUAUGGGACAGAGGCGCAGCAGAUUCGGUUUCUGGAGAGGGUGAUGCCUUGGAUGGAUGAUCAGAGCUGGGUGACGCGGUAUGCGUACUUUGGCACGUUUCCGGACUUUCUGGUCAGCCAUGAUGGGACUGCGCUGUCGGCGCUGGGAACAGCAUACGCAACCACUUAG